AUGCAGAAUGACCCACGUGUGCGAGAGCGCGGGGGGCCGAGACAGGUGCAGGGCACCGGCAAGCUGGGGGCGGGGACUGUGCCCACCUUGGGGGCCAGCACCGCAGCAAAGAAGUUCGGAGACUCGCUCACCCAGCAAAGCCCGCACCCAGAGGGUGUGCAGGCCCGCGGGUACCCUCCACGUGUAGCGCAAAAGCUGGCCCGGAUCGGGCUUCUUCCGGGAAAACCCGAGAAGAUUCAGGCCAACGUCAGGGAGCGGGAUCCAGGCGCCUCGGCGCUCCCGGGGACCGUCGAGACAGGCCGGCUCCGCCCGGACCCUGGGGACGCCGCACCUCGGACCCCGCGCAGCGCCGCGCCGCGCCGAGUCCGCCCCUCAGUGUCGCCGAGCUGGAGCUGCGGUGUGGCUCCCGGACGCGUGGUGGCGCCCGAGAGCGGGGCUGGGGUCGGCGGGGCUGCUGACCCACCGGGACCCGGAGCGCGACCUGAGCUCCCGAACCCAGCCGGAGGGAAGGGGGAGGCGGGGCGCGUCCUGGGCCCGGGAGCAGCGCCGGGACUGAAACCGGAGGAGGAGCCGAGGCCCCGGUCGGGCGACCCCGGAGGAAGGAGGGAAACCUCGGAGCAGGGGGUGCGCGUUCCUGGCGCGGACGCGUCUCGGGCCUGGCGAAAACCCACCGCCUCCGCCCUCCCCAAGUGCCGCCCAGAAAAAACCGGAGUCGGCACGCUCGUUGCCGCAGAAAGUUCGCGGGAACAGGCCUGUGCCCGGCGACGUGCAAAAGCUAAGAGUGCUUUCGAAUUUUCUCUCCCCCAAACUCUGCUCCAGGGGAGGCGCGUGCCGCCGCCGCCUCCGCGUGGCGAGUGCCGGGGGCGGGGGGUGUCCGGGGUGCGCGACACGGAGCCCCGGGUGCUGGCCUCGGACACAGUCCUGAGCGCGGACAGGUUUCACCCGGAUAGUCACCGCGCCGCCGGGCCCAGGCCGCUUCUCUCCGAUGAGAAGUCGUUCUGCGGCCUCGGACGCGCGGGGCAGGCGGCCGGCACCCCCCGGGGUCCCGCGCCCUCCCCUCAGGGUCCCGCACCCCCGGGGUCCCGCCCACACAAAUUCCGCGCCCAGAAACCUGUUCUUUAG